CCUCGCCAUCUUCACUUCACCCGAUUCCUCCUCCUCCUCCUCAUCGUCUUCGCCUCACCUGCGCCACAACUGCCAAGCAAAGCUCCUCUGCUCCUGUCCCUCUUCCUCCUCCUCCGUCCCAUGGAGCUCGCAGCGUCCGCUUCCACCUCCGUCUGCUCGGCGGCGUACCACCACCUCUCGGCCGCCGACGCUGCGGCUGCCGACCGCGGUGGCGACAGUAGUAGCGGCGCGCAGGGGGAGACGACGACGACGCGGCUCGAACGGCGGCGGAGGACGAAGCGCGCCGGCGGCGGCGGCGGUGGCUGCGCGGGGCUCCGGCGGCGGUGCUACGCGGUGCUCAAGCAGCAGCGGACGCGGCUCUACAUCCUCCGCCGGUGCGUCACCAUGCUGCUCUGCUGGCACGAGCACGACCUGUCAGACUGACCGUGGGCCGGGCCGGGCCCCCUUUCCGCGCUCCAUCUGUUUCUUGUGUAGGGUAGGGAUCAUGCCGGCCUGUGAAAAUGAUCAAAUGCCGGUGGAAUCUGGGUUUUUUUUUUUCCUUCAGUUUUUUUGGUGUGUAUUUGGGCAUGAAUGAACAGCGCAAAUAUAUAUGGCAGAUUUCUGAUUCGAAGAAACUGCAAUCGAUCCGUAUGUGUCAUGCAUGUCCGAUCCUCUGUAAAUAAAUCCCCUUGUGCACUUCACCGGAGCUGCAAUGGCUAUGCCUGUCAGCACAUGUCUUAAUUUGUUGAUGAGGGAUUGCACAAGAAACUCUGCAUUUCCUUGUGAGUUGUGACUCCCGUUUGGAAAACAAGUUUUUGGAA